GUUAAUUUCGCUUAGAAACACGGUCACCCCAAAUCACCAGCUCGUCUCCUCGUUGCAAAUAUUGCGACAAACUCAUUUUUGCUCUAUCUGGCUUGUUUUCUGGUUCGAAAAUAACCAUGAAUUCUUCUCUUUUAGAUUUAUCUCCAGAGCCUGAUCUGUAUCCUCUCUAUCCUACGACGGCGCACAUAGCGGUCCAAUUAUCAUCUCAUUCAGGUCUCAAUCCGGACCAAAAGGCUAAGCUUGUUCGGCAUUGCCUUACUCGAGCGUGUGUCUUUGGCGAACUGAGUAUCCUCCAAUAUGUAUUCUCUGAUCCGCAAGCACAUCCAUUUAUCGAUUUGGGAAUGCGCGACGAAGAUGGUGUUGGUCUUGUCAGCCUUACAAUACAAGGUUUUGGCGCAGAAUCUGAACGGGACGUGGAACGAGAAGAGUGUGUGCGACUGCUGAUAGCUCAGGGUGCGGAUUUAUCUGCAGACAAAGACGGAUGGACACCACUUCACUACGCUGCUCUGCUCUCACCUCCAACUCUGGUUUCCCAUCUCAUGACACAUGGAUGUUCUCCCUUCGACGUGACGCGCCGGAAACUAACACCACUGGACAUAGUAUCCGCCCACUCCAUACUACCAGGGCGCGGAGAUGUGGCAUUGCUUGUCGAGGAAGCAAUGCGAGGCGAAGGUUGGACUGGUGGUCGAUUAGAAGAUAAGCGACGAAUAUUAGACGAACGCAUGAAACGAAAAGGGAAGCAACAAUCAAUACGCGAGGACGUAGGUCAAGCGCUGGGAAUACAUCCACGGUGGUGGAAUCCUGAUUUAGAUGAGUUCAAUCUCUCCGAUGAUUCAGAUUCUGAGCAAGAGGAAGAAGGAGAAGAAGACAACAGUCUAUAUACUCCUCCACUAGAUUACACAAAUAUGCUUGUGUUCUCUCCACCUUCUCUACCGGCAAUAUUCGAAUCUCUAAUAACGAACUAUCCACCGUCAUUUCGAAAUCCCCAACCAGCAAAUCUACUUUACAUGUUGGCACGAUUCGCUUGCCUUACUUGCGAUCAUAACUGGUUAGAAGAUUUUAUGCUUGGUGCUACAGAAGCGAUCGAAGAUAACUUUUUUAACCGGCCAGAAGAUAUCACUGUGCUCGUGUUCUGGCUCUACAACACAACUAUCUGGUUACAUCUAAUGCAAUGCGACAAAUCGAUCAGUGAGGUUUGCGAAAUGUUGGGCUCCUUCGAACUUAUCGAGGAAACUAUCAACUCGGUUUUCGUGUUCAUUAUACGCCUGGCAGAGCGCAAAAUCGACGAGUUGUUAGAUACCGCUCUUCUAGAUUAUUCGUCGCUAGGGUCUGAAUUUGAAUCAGUCCAAUUUGAAUCAGAGCAGUGGUCGUUCCUACGGCCUUUCACUGGAAAGAAGAAAGCAGUACCACCUCCCACCUCCACCAACUCCACCAUAAGAGGUCCCCCAUCUCCGCUUCCAAUACGCCCGCCUUCCCCAUCACCAAGUGUGUCCUCUUUUUCUUCCAUCCGUCAAAGUUUUCGCGCCCGUGCAUCCUCUAGCACGACAACCCCCCUUCAGGCCCUUUUCUCGGAAAACUCUCAGACACCGUCACCUUCACAUUUAACAUCGUAUCUGACCGCUCUACAUACGUUUUUGACCCUCUCCGAUAUAAAUCCCGCAUUGAUUACGCAACUGUGGUCCCAAGUUAUGUAUUGGACCUCGAGUGAAAUGUUCAAUCGUGUACUUACGCGAAAGAAAUAUAUCUGUCGGUCAAGAGCUGUACAAAUAAGCAUGAACCUCGGAGUGAUAGAGGAGUGGGUAAGACAGAUGGGACUUCCUCGUGGUGUACAAAGCCACUUCUCUCCCGUGCGCGAUCUCUUGAACUGGCUACAGUGUCUUUCGUCUAUCUCAGAAUUUCCAGAUCUAGUCGCAACAAUUCAAACAAUGAAGAGCAUUAAUCCUCUCCAGAUGCGACGUGCCGUGCGAGAUUACAAAUAUGAAGUAAACGAAGGCAGAAUGAACGAAGAAUGCAUACAAUAUCUAACCCAGCUCCAGAAGGACUGGGAGCGACAUCGUGUCAAGCUUGGCGUGGAGGCCUUGCGCAAAGAGGUAAUGAACGAUCGUGAUCAUGAUGGCAGUGUCUCGUCAUCCAUGCCAAACGAGUCCCCGGAGUCAGGGAACAGUUCAAUACUUUCAACGGGUUCGACGGACGCAUUGGCCGCUCAGGAAGCUAUCGAUUUGCUUUUCGAUCAAGGGACAGAGAAGUCAAACUGGGAACCUGCGCAACCACCACAAGUGCUGGGAGAGCUUCUAGAUUCCCGCUACAUGCUUCCUUUAAUCUUUCCGUCCGAUCCUCGCAUGCUAUCAGCCCGUCCAGGAAAGAUACCAGUCCACGAGGAUGACAAGCGAAGUCCUCUGCCUACUCCAGACCCGACGAGGAGCGCCAGUAGAGCGAGCAACGGAAGUCGGGGAGCGAUGACAUGGCAUUCUAGAAGUCACAAAGUUCGAGACAUCAGUAGUGGAGCUCUGAAAUGGAUAGACGGCGCCGUCUCUGCUUCACGGUGGGGUAGACUGGUACCGGAUGAGGAAGUUGGGGAUGUUGGGGACGUGGAGCAUCAUGAGCGUUCCGAGACGUCAGAAGAAGAGCAUGCAGCGGAAUCGGAAAAUGGUUUACGAGUGGAUACUAGAAUUACUCCACUUACUCGAAAACGUUCCGCUCGAAAAGCCAGAGCCAGUCUCGGAGGUGGAGAGACAACGCCGGUCGAACUUCAGAUAUGA